UUGGAGGAGAGGUCGCCGGUUCGAAGCAAAGGUAAAGGCAAGGGAAACAAGCAAAGAAACAAAGGAUCCGGUGGAGAGUUCACAAUUCCAAAACGCAGAUUCUCACAUCCCAACCUACUACAACCAACAACAAAACCUUUCAUCAUGCCUCGUGUUACCUUUUCCGAAAACGAAGUUGCCUCUGUGCAAACAUACCAGCGCCUCGACUGGGAACAUGCACAAGAACUCUUUUACCAACCAGAAGACUACAUUCAAUUCCGAGCCGAGUACCGAGCCUUCAAAGCCCAAAAAGCCCGCAAGGAACGACUUGCCCGAAUGACAUACAUGACAGCACAAGCUCGCAAUGAACUGCAAAAUAGAAAUCAACUCAAGAUGACCGUCUUGCCACCAUCAUCAUUGAAUCAGCAACCAAUGCGUCGUCAGCCCAGGCAACCAAGAGGGUUCGCCUUGAUGGCCUAAAAACAGACAGAAAAGCCGCUCAAGGACACUGCUAUGAGUCUGCUAUGUAUCAUUAACAAACAGUACCAUACAAACUCUCUUUCUCGGGUUGACAACAUUGUCAAUUCGCUAAAGAAAGACAUAAUCAAAACUUUUAUAAACAACGGGACUUUCUAUCACUACU